UUUGGAAAAUUAGUUGCGAUCUAAAGUAGACCCUAGUUUGAACUUUGAAAUCUCAGAGAGAGAGAGAGAGAGAGAGAAUGACAACAUCAAGAAGAAGGUUAUUCAAUUUGUGUUCUUUCAUAAUGUCUACACUUUUUGCAUACUCAGCAUCUGUUCAGUUAAAUGACCAUGAUUGGUAUUUUUGGUUUCCACUCUAUUCAAGUGCCUGCCUCAUAAAUCUAACAAACUGCAUCAAAACAACCAAACUGAACAAACCAAUUGCAACAAUUACUCUAUGGGUUGGAAUAUUAUUGUAUAUCAAAGUUGUGCUUGAAGAUUUUAUAUAUGAAAUAGCAGGGUUUUGGUCACUAGAUCUAAGUGAGAGAGUUGUUAGGGAGAAAAUUGGAAGCAUAUUAGUUAUUAUAUCUACAAUUUUGCAGAUGAAAGCUGCAUCUAAUGUUCAAAAGAAUAUUUCAAAUAUAGUAAAAUAUGGGAUGCUGAUCUUGGUGUGUUUCAGCUACAUGCUACUUUUUGUCUUCUUUGUGAUUCUAAGAGGAGAAAUUAAGUUAUAGUUCCAAUCCAAAUUGUAUACUUUUUGUAUAUAAACUUGGUAUCUUUUGUGCACAACUGUAAAUAUUCGUUUGUCGCUUAAUGGAAUCAACCACAAAGUUUGAGUGAAAAGACAUGAUGUUUUUAAUCUUACAAAUUAAAGAGCUAAAUUCAGACACACCACUACGUAAACUAUGAAUUUCAUCCGCAACAUUCUUCGAGUCGGUUUAAAAAAUGACGUUUGUGAAUCCUCUACGCGUCACCUCCUUCAUAGCUGUCAGCAAAGCAAUUGCUUCUCCCUCUAUUAUAGAGCAAUUUCCUUGUACCCAUGAGGUUCCGGCCAUCACAAACUUUCCGGUAUGAUCUCGUAUACACCAUCCUACUGUGGAAUGCUGCAUCGACGUUGCAUUUAUGCCACCCUGUUGCGGUUUCAGCCACUGAGUUGCAAACUGUUGUUGAUGUGAUCGGUGAGCAGUACUGCUGUUCCGCGUGAGCUGGACUGUUCAACUCAUUCCAAAUGUUCAAUGCUUUCGAUCCUAAAACCUAUCCCGGGUCCUUUGAACUAUUCCACACUCUAUUGUUCCUAUUAUUCCAUAAAACCCACAUCAAGACUGCAAAUUUUCCAGCCACUUCUUUAUCCCCAUAAUGACAAAUAUCCAUAAUAAUGUCCUUCACCGUGUUAAAUUGUUGACAGCGGUUAGCUAUUAUUCUAUCCAUACCAGCUGUUUGUCGCGCUACUAAGCUGUCAGUACAGUGAAACAAAGCAUGCAAAUCAUCCUCAUUACAAUGCGCACAAGUAGGACAUAUCAACGGACACGAUACACACCUUUCUUGAAGACAAAGACGGGUUGGAAGACAACCUUUGCAUAUGCGCCACAACAGAUGCUUUGUCUUCGGUCGAGCAUUCUCCUUCCAUAACCAUUGCCAUUCCUCUUGGCCAAGGCUCACUCCUUGUAAUUGUGGUGAUUUCAUCCAUAAUCCAUCCUCAAUUCUUAGCCAAGGCUCACUCAUGACUUUGAUUUUGGUACCAUUAAAUGAGAGAAAGAAGCUCACCAUUAAAUGUUGAGUUCUCGUAGUCGUAGUUUGGUACUUUUGGUUUCCACUCUAUUCAUGUAGCUGCACCAUUCAUCUCACAAACUGCAUCUUAUCAACAAAACUGAAAAAUUAUUCUAUGGAUUGGAAUAUUAUUGUAUAGCAAAGCUGUGCUUGGAGAUUUUGUAUAUGAAAUAGCAGGGUUUUGGUCAAUGGAUCUAAGUGAGAGAGUUGUUAGGGAGAAAAUUGGAAGCAUCAGUUGUUAUAUUAUAUCUACAAUUUUGCAGAUAGAAGAUGCAUUUUAUGAAGUAAAAUUUGGAACAAAAACUUGGAUGUAAUCGCGGUUCUUAGCAAGCAACCCCAGUUUUGCUGCCAUCGAUCACUUCAGUGCCACCAAUGAAGACCGGAGGCUCUCUGAAGUUUUUAAA